CUUUGCAUUAUCCUUUUCACCAACAUCAGAGAAGACGAGAAAAAAAGAAGAGGCGAGUGGUUAAUGGAGAAGGAAAACCAUGAGGACGAUGGUGAGGGUUUGCCACCCGAACUAAAUCAGAUAAAAGAGCAAAUCGAAAAGGAGAGAUUUCUGCAUAUCAAGAGAAAAUUCGAGCUGAGAUACAUUCCAAGUGUGGCUACUCAUGCUUCACACCAUCAAUCGUUUGACUUAAACCAGCCCGCUGCAGAGGAUGAUAAUGGAGGAGACAACAAAUCACUUUUGUCGAGAAUGCAAAACCCACUUCGUCAUUUCAGUGCCUCAUCUGAUUAUAAUUCUUACGAAGAUCAAGGUUAUGUUCUUGAUGAGGAUCAAGAUUAUGCUCUUGAAGAAGAUGUACCAUUAUUUCUUGAUGAAGAUGUACCAUUAUUACCAAGUGUCAAGCUUCCAAUUGUUGAGAAGCUACCACGAUCCAUUACAUGGGUCUUCACCAAAAGUAGCCAGCUGAUGGCUGAAAGUGAUUCUGUGAUUGGUAAGAGACAAAUCUAUUAUUUGAAUGGUGAGGCACUAGAAUUGAGCAGUGAAGAAGAUGAGGAAGAUGAAGAAGAAGAUGAGGAAGAAAUCAAGAAAGAAAAAUGCGAAUUUUCUGAAGAUGUAGACCGAUUUAUAUGGACGGUUGGGCAGGACUAUGGUUUGGAUGAUCUGGUCGUGCGGCGUGCUCUCGCCAAGUACCUCGAAGUGGAUGUUUCGGACAUAUUGGAAAGAUACAAUGAACUCAAGCUUAAGAAUGAUGGAACUGCUGGUGAGGCUUCUGAUUUGACAUCCAAGACAAUAACUACUGCUUUCCAGGAUUUUGCUGAUAGACGUCAUUGCCGUCGUUGCAUGAUAUUCGAUUGUCAUAUGCAUGAGAAGUAUGAGCCCGAGUCUAGAUCCAGCGAAGACAAAUCUAGUUUGUUUGAGGAUGAAGAUAGACAACCAUGCAGUGAGCAUUGUUACCUCAAGGUGAGGAGUGUGACAGAAGCUGAUCAUGUGAUGGAUAAUGAUAACUCUAUAUCAAACAAGAUUGUGGUCUCAGAUCCAAACAACACUAUGUGGACGCCUGUAGAGAAGGAUCUUUACUUGAAAGGAAUUGAGAUAUUUGGGAGAAACAGUUGUGAUGUUGCAUUAAACAUACUUCGGGGGCUUAAGACGUGCCUAGAGAUUUACAAUUACAUGCGCGAACAAGAUCAAUGUACUAUGUCAUUAGACCUUAACAAAACUACACAAAGACACAAUCAGGUUACCAAAAAAGUAUCUCGAAAAAGUAGUAGGUCGGUCCGCAAAAAAUCGAGACUCCGAAAAUAUGCUCGUUAUCCGCCUGCUUUAAAGAAAACAACUAGUGGAGAAGCUAAGUUUUAUAAGCACUACACACCAUGCACUUGCAAGUCAAAAUGUGGACAGCAAUGCCCUUGUUUAACUCACGAAAAUUGCUGCGAGAAAUAUUGCGGGUGCUCAAAGGAUUGCAACAAUCGCUUUGGAGGAUGUAAUUGUGCAAUUGGCCAAUGCACAAAUCGACAAUGUCCUUGUUUUGCUGCUAAUCGUGAAUGCGAUCCAGAUCUUUGUCGGAGUUGUCCUCUUAGCUGUGGAGAUGGCACUCUUGGUGAGACACCAGUGCAAAUCCAAUGCAAGAACAUGCAAUUCCUCCUUCAAACCAAUAAAAAGAUUCUCAUUGGAAAGUCUGAUGUUCAUGGAUGGGGUGCAUUUACAUGGGACUCUCUUAAAAAGAAUGAGUAUCUCGGAGAAUAUACUGGAGAACUGAUCACUCAUGAUGAAGCUAAUGAGCGUGGGAGAAUAGAAGAUCGGAUUGGUUCUUCCUACCUCUUUACCUUGAAUGAUCAGCUCGAAAUCGAUGCUCGCCGUAAAGGAAACGAGUUCAAAUUUCUCAAUCACUCAGCAAGACCUAACUGCUACGCCAAGUUGAUGAUUGUGAGAGGAGAUCAGAGGAUUGGUCUAUUUGCGGAGAGAGCAAUCGAAGAAGGUGAGGAGCUUUUCUUCGACUACUGCUAUGGACCAGAACAUGCGGAUUGGUCGCGUGGUCGAGAACCUAGAAAGACUGGUGCUUCUAAAAGGUCUAAGGAAGCCCGUCCAGCUCGUUAGUUUUUGAUCUGAGGAGAAGCAGCAAUUCAAGCAGUCCUUUUUUUAUGUUAUGGUAUAUCAAUUAAUAAUGUAAUGCUAUUUUGUGUUACUAAACCAAAACUUAAGUUUCUGUUUUAUUUGUUUUAGGGUGUUUUGUUUGUAUCAUAUGUGUCUUAACUUUCAAAGUUUUCUUUUUGUAUUUCAAUUUAAAAACAAUGUUUAUGUUGUU